CGAUCCAGACAUCACCCGCCCAUGUGUUCUGGACCGACUGAAAUCAGGGAUACGUUUAAGUAUAUUAACACUGUUGUCUCAUGUCUUGUAUUCGUCGUUGGGAUAAUCGGGAACUCGACACUGCUGAGAAUUAUCUACAAAAAUAAAGGCAUGAGGAAUGGACCCAACUUCCUAAUUGGCAGUCUGGCUUUGGGAGACCUUUUACACAUUGUGAUAGAUAUACCCAUUAAUGUGUACAAGCUCCUGGCUGUGGACUGGCCAUUUGGUGUUGGGCUCUGUAAACUGGUACCAUUCAUUCAGAAAGCAUCUGUUGGAAUUACCGUCUUGAGUCUUUGUGCAUUGAGCAUUGACAGGUAUCGAGCUGUUGCAUCCUGGAAUCGCAUCAAAGGAAUCGGUGUGCCUAAGUGGACAGCAAUAGAAAUCACUUUGAUAUGGGUUAUAUCAAUUAUCCUAGCUGUGCCUGAAGCUAUUGCAUUUGACAUGAUAGCAAUGGAAUACAAAGGGGAGCAUCUGAGAAUAUGUCUGCUCAACCCCAUGCAGACAUCCCAGUUCAUGCAGUUUUAUAAAACGGCGAAAGACUGGUGGCUUUUCAGCUUCUAUUUCUGCAUGCCUCUGGCCUGCACUGCCAUCUUCUACUCGCUCAUGACCUGUGAGAUGCUGAGGAAGAAGAAUGGGAUGCAGAUUGCCUUGACUGACCACCUGAAGCAGAGACGUGAAGUGGCCAAGACAGUUUUCUGUUUGGUCCUGGUGUUUGCCCUCUGCUGGCUGCCGCUGCACCUCAGCAGAAUCUUGAAAUUGACCAUUUAUGAUGAAAAGGACCCUAAUCGUUGUGAGCUGCUAAGCUUUUUCCUCAUCCUGGACUAUAUUGGUAUCAACAUGGCCUCUGUGAACUCCUGCAUCAAUCCCAUUGCUCUGUACAUGGUCAGCAAGAGGUUCAAGAGCUGCUUUAGGUCUUGUUUGUGUUGCUGGUGCACAUCUGCGGAGAUGCUGGAUGAGAAGCAGUCAUGCAUGAAGUCAAAGAUCAACGAUCGCGGCUCGGAGCAAAGCAACUCCCGAGGUAGCAAUAAGUACACCUCUGCCUGA